AUGGCAGUUGAAGGAAUAAAAACUGCUCAAAAAGCAAAUGUAAGCAUUUCAGUAUCUGCAUUUCUACUGACAGAACAAGGAAGACCGAAAACUUCAAUAGCAAGUUAUUCGUUUUCGAAAGAGCGAAGUGCUACUACUGAUACUAGAAGGCUUAUUGACAAUGGACAGUAUCCAAUUGAUAUCAUUCAACGCCUUUCUUCAUCAACUUGUCGAAUCAUUCCUAAUUGGGAAAAAGCAGCUCAUCAUAUUAUAUUUAGUACACAGACCAAUAAUGGAAAUCAUCAACGAUCAUUAUCAUCUAAACGUAAUAUCAGUACACAGACGAUUAUAGGAGAUGUUCGACAACCAGCUUUGCUUGAAGCUUAUCAACCAUUAGUAACAACUGAUACAAUUGUUCAACGUUCUCAUAAUCAUAAACGACGUCGAGAAAAGAAAAAAGCUGAUGAAAUCAAACAGGUAGUUAAUAAAGAUCCAUCCCCAAGCACUAUUGUAACUACUGAUAUACCUUCGAUAAAUCGUCAUCCAUUCAAUUGUGUUUGUGAUGCAUAUGGUACUAUUUUUAAAGCACUUUGUGGUGGUUUACAAUUAGAAUGUAGAAAAGUAAGUGGUUACGCAAAAGACUACGGUUAUAUUCCAGGUAAAUCAACAUUCAAUCGAACAGACCAUGCAUGGAAUGUGAUAUGA